AUGAGUAUUGUUGCACUUUUCAAAAAUUGUUUUGAACAUUUUAAAGGCAAGUUUUAGAAGAAUUAUAUUUCAGCAUAAACACCAAAAUAAUUUGCCUAAAAGAAAGUUUUAGUUCUAGAUUUAGAUGAAACACUAGUUCAUUGUGAAUUUAAAGAAAAUGAAGAUUUUCAACAUGAGGUAUUGCUUGAAGUCAUUCACAAAGGAUAAGUAUACAAAGUAUAUUUGAAAGCUCGGCCUUAUUUAAAUCAGUUUUUAUUAGAAGUUAGCAAAGAUUAUGAAAUAUUUAUUUUUACAGCAGGUUAUGAAGCUUAUUGUUAAGAAGUAUUAAGUUUUAUAGAUAAAAAAAAAAUAAUUAGUGAUUAUUAUGCAAGAGGGAGCUGUUAAUUUAUUGAUGGAAUUUGUUAUAAAGAUCUUUAGUUAAUAGACAGACCUAUGGGAGAUAUAAUCUUCAUAGAUGUAAUUAAAAAUCAAUAAUUAGAAUAAUCCAAAUGCUUUUAUAAAUUAUAAAGAUAAUGGAUUAUUAAUUCCAUCAUUUUUAGAUUCAGAUGAUGAUGAUUGUCUUCUUCGAUUAAUACCAUUUUUAAAAUAUAUGGCUAAAAAGAAGGAUGUGAGACCAGUUGAGUAGCAUUUAAAAAAUUAUGAAGAUAAUAAUGGUACAAUAGUCUUUUGUGAAGCUUAAAAUACUAUAUAAUUAGAAUAAGAAGAACCAGAUGAAGAUACCUUAAGUGAAGGAAAGGUUAUUAAGAAAGAAUAAGAAAUUACAGAUUUCGAUAUUAAACAUAAAAAAACACAAACUCAAUUAGAAAAUGUGAACAAAAUUAAAAGUAAAUUAAGAAGCGUAACUUUAUUUUCCAGUUCAAAAAAUAAAUGA